CAGCCAAAGCCAGCAGAACACCAUCAGAGCGAUCAGCACCUUCCGUCGACUGAGCAUCGUCUCGAUUCCUUCCGUUUAACGCUUCACUACCGUCAGAUUCCGCCGCAUUCCGCUACAUCGUUCAAGCAGCAUCGAAACGCCAACGCCAACGACGAAGACGACAGUCUCCUGCAACAAGCCGUUCUCAUCCAACUAUGGGCUAUGCCCGGCGCUGUGGCCGAUUUGCUGGAUGCACUGCAGCAGAGUGUUCCGGAUAUGACCAUUCGACUUGUCGGUGUGGAAUAUGGUGGUUUGGACGUAUGCCGAUUGCUGGUGAGCGCGUUGGAUCGUAACGGUGCGCUGGUUCAACGGGACGAGACCUAUCGUCUGUUGCAGCACUAUUUCAACACAAGCAAGACAAAGAACCAGCGGAUCGGCCUGGAAAGAGGAGACCGGAAUGUUUUUGUUCGCGACUUGGUGACGGACCUCUGCACUCCCACCGGAAGCCGAACCCGGCUCCAUAACGGAGCUCGAAAAGCAGGCUCCGACUCCGGCUCCGGCCAGUGUUUGAAUGGAGGUCGUUGUGAGCAGGUCGAUACACCUGCGGCUGCUGCUGCUGCAACUGGUGCAGCGCAAUAUCUGCAACUGGAUGGCCGGAAGCUAUCACUAAUNGCAAGGUGCCUGUGUCAACCAGGUACAAGCGGUGAUCGCUGUGAGCUGCGGCAAGCGCAGUGUGGAGGCUCCAGCUCGCUGGAGUGUUUGAAUGGUGGCAGCUGUGACCCCUUGACGAGAUUAUGCGUAUGUCCGGAAACUUAUACUGGUGCGAGAUGCGAAAUUAGCGAAGCAGACGGAGGCAAACCAGGUGGAAUCGGGCCGCAGACUCGGCAAUUUCGUGCGGAAUCGUUUACGGAGAUUCGAAUGCCGCCUAUGCGUCAAGGUCAACGAGUAGUAUCGCUGGAAUUCCGCACUAAGCUAGCUCUGCUGCUGCCGCUUCCGCCGNACGACUACGUGGCGUUGGAUAUUAGUGACGGUCGUCUCAGGCUCGCGGCUGCAUCACGUCUAGCUGCUGCCGCCGCUUCCACCGCACCGGAUCCCGGCGGAGUGUUGCUACUGUCGAAUGUGAGCGUCAAUGACGGCGCGUGGCGGCGUGUUCGUGUCGAGAGCCGGCCAAACGAUGCAGCCAUAAAGUUCACUUUGGACCAGUGUCAGGCUUCUGCUGAUGAAGGCCUAGGCUGUCAACCGUGCGCCCAAGACGACCACUCGUGCGAACAACGCUUGAUACACGUGCAAAAUGCUGGGCAGUUUUGGUCACGAAGCGAUAAGCUUCUGGUUGGUGGCAUUAAGGAUAUACGAGACAUUCAGAAGAGGCCUAAUCAGGUCUCUGCCAUCGACUUUGUCGGGUGUAUCCGUCACCUGCAGGUGGACGAUCGCACCUUGGACGCCCAGCAGAACGCACUGGAAAUUUUGGCCGAAGAAGGCGUGAUUCGCCAGACAGGUUGUGGUCCAGCGAACUCCAACUUCGCUGCGGCUACCGGAACGGGCUCCGUGGCGGCGGCGGCUCCGGAGCGCGACCUGGCGUUGGAGCCCAGAUCUUGCGCAAACGACGCUGAGAUGGCUGCGGAAUGCAGCGGCAAUGAUCAAGACGACGACGUUGGCAGCACUGGCGCUGGAGUAUGCGUAACGAGCGAAUCGUCGUCGGCGGCGGCGGCCGAGGCGCAUUGCGUUUGUAAGGGUGGUUUCGACGCGGCCAGUUGCCGAGCUGCCCUACAAGAAUGGACUCUACUAGACGGUUCCGUAAGAUUCGGUCUAACUCGUUACGCGCAGCGUCAAAUUGCCUUCGUUCCGGCGCGUAUCNCCAAAAAGAAGAGCACCAGCCGCUUCAGCAGACCCUUCGCAGACCCUUCAGUGGCUUCGGCAGGCGACCAACUGGACGGUGUACUGACCCAAUGGGCUGAGCUGGAUUUCCGCACAACCUCAUCGGGUGGCGAUGGAACAACGCUUCUAGCGGUUGUAGAGGCACAUAAAUCCACGCAUUUGAGGCUCCGAAAUGGCUUGGUGCACAUGCUGACCUACAUCGCUAACGCUACACCGAUCGAAGUCCAUCUGAAUGUGCCGGUAAACGAUGGACUAUGGCAUCGUCUUGGCCUGCAGAUUGGUAGCAACGGAAAAACUCUCCGUUUUCAGGUGGAUGGUCACGGCAAAGAGGUUCGUGCGGCCGAAGCGUUUCCGCAGCUGAUUUCCGCCUCUCUACGCUACAUCUCGAUCGGAGGUCAAGGCCCGGAGGAGGAUGAUGCGAUCAAUGGGGUCAAAGCUCGAGCUCAAGCUCAAGCUCAACAGCUAGGGUCAGCAGGGUUCACUGGUUGCGUGAGACGCUUCAUAGUGAACAAUCAGGCUCAAUUACUACAGAAUUCGCAUGACAGCAGCGGCAGCCAAAAGCAUCGACUCACUGAACAACUUCUAGAAGUGCUCCACUCCGACGGCUCCAUACGUUUGGGGUGUGCCCUGUCAGAUGGUGCAUUGCUACAUCAAACUGGAGCCACCUCGGGGUUGAGUUGGAGCGCCUUCUGGCGUGUUCUCUGGGUCGGACUAGCACUGGCUGCCGCAUGUCUAUCGUGCGCUACGACUGUGGGACUGUGCUGGCGUCGAUACUCGACAGCCACAAGCAAAUGGCCGCUAUCGUUGAAGUGCCGCAAUCGUCUUGGCCGAUGUCCUCUGGUGUGCACUGGCGGAAAGACCAGUGGAAAGGCAUGCGGACGGCCUACAGCAGCCCCUAGACUAGCCCCAGGACCACGCUUCUCCAAGGCUCUUGCA